AUGAAUCUUAUGUCUUUCAACGUUAGAGGAGUCUACGGGGGUGCUAAAGCCUCGUGGAUUAAAGAGAUAAGGAAUUCGAACAAGAUUAGUGUGAUUGCUUUACAGGAAACCAAAGUUGAGGUUGUUCCCAGUUCUUGUGUGGCUAGUUUCUGGGGGAAAGGUAAGUUUGAGUAUGCUUGUUCGGCCUCGGUCGGGCUCCCAGGGGGUCUAGCUUGGAUUUGGGAUCCUAACGUUCUGAAGAUUGAGUCCGUCGUCCAGAACAGGUGUUAUCUGGUGAUUAAAGGCUUUGUUAUUGGCAGUGGAGAUCCUAUUAACCUGGUCAAUAUUUACGCUCCUCAAAACUCGGCCGCGAAACUGCAGUUAUGGAACGAAAUUUCGUCUUUUAUUGACCCGGAUGUUGGGAAAUGGGUUCUCGCAGGAGAUUUUAAUGUGGUUCGGUCCUCGGAUGAAAGAAAACAUUCUAAAUUCAAGCCGGUUUGCGCUGAGAAUUUCAAUAACUUUAUUUUCAAUAAUGGCUUGUUAGAAUACCCAAUGCAGGGCCGAAAGUUUACGUGUGUUAGGGACAACGGGAAGAAGUUAAGUAAGUUGGAGCGCUUUUUGGUUUGUCCGGAGUUUUUUAACAAAUGGCCUUCGGCCUGUGUGAGAGUGCUCCCGAACAAGUAUUCUGAUCAUUGUCCUAUCAUUUUGAUCUUGGUUGAUUUGAAUUUUGGUCCCCGCCCCUUUCGGGUCUAUAACUCGUGGAUUGGUAAACCGGGAUUUGAGGAGACAGUUAAGGGUGCCUUGGAAGGAUUUGAGUUUUUUGACCCCCCUGAUACGUGUCUCACUGCCAAAUUUGCUCGGAUUCGGUCGGCCCUAAAGAUAUGGAGGGAUGAGUUCCUUGCCAAGGAGAAGGAAACGGAAAGUAGUGCCCCUAAAGAUAUGGAGGGAUGA